AACACUGUUUUUACUUUCUACUCCAGCCUCCGUAUCAGCUACAUGGAACCAGAAAACCAAACAAAAAUUUCCGAAUUCCUGCUGCUGGGCCUCUCUGAGGAUCCUGAACUUCAGCCUCUCUUAUUUGGACUCUUCCUGUCUACAUACCUAGUAACGGUGCUUGGGAACCUGCUCAUCAUUCUGGCCAUUAGCAUUGACCCCUACCUCCAUACCCCAAUGUAUUUCUUUCUUUCGAAUCUGUCCUUUGUUGACAUGUGUUUCAUUACUACCACAAUCCCAAAGAUGCUGGUGAACACCCAAACACAGAGCAAAGGAAUCACCUAUAGGGAGUGUCUCACUCAGGUGUAUUUCUUCACAGCUUUUGUUGGAGUGGACAACUUUAUCUUGACUGUGAUGGCAUAUGACAGAUAUGUAGCCAUCUGUCACCCCCUGCACUACACAGUCAUCAUGAACCCCAAGCUCUGUGGCUUGCUCGUGCUGAUGUCUUGGGUUAUCAUGUUGUGGGCCUCUUUGAUUCAUGUUCUACUGAUGAUGCGCCUGAAAUUCUGUAUUGGCACUCAAAUUCCACAUUUCUUCUGUGAGCUGGCUCAGAUUAUCAAAGUGGCCUGCUCUGAUGCCCUCAUUAGUAACAUAUUUUUGUAUAUAGCAACUGCCUUGCUGGGUGUGUUUCCCCUCACUGGGAUUCUCUUCUCUUACACUCGAAUUGUUUCUUCCUUAAUGAAAAUAUCUUCUGUUGAAGGUAAGUACAAAGCAUUUUCCACCUGUGGCUCUCACCUUUCUGUGGUCUCUCUGUUCUAUGGGACAGGCCUCGGUGUCUACCUAACGUCUGCAGUGACUCAUUCUUCUCAGAGGAACUCCAUUGCCUCAGUACUGUACACUGUGGUCACACCCAUGCUGAACCCCUUCAUUUAUUGCCUCAGGAAUAAGGAUAUGAAGGGAGCCCUGGGGAGGCUGUUAAGCAAAGCAAAUUGUUGUUCAAGAUGGCCUCUUGUUUCAGGGCUAAAUAGACCUUUUGGUCUUCAAAGCCAAAAGACAUGA